AUGGGGACGAAACCGAUGAAACAAGCGAUGGUCGUUUUUGGGGCUCUAGCAUUUGGAUGGCUGGCGAUUGAGAUGGCUUUCAAGCCCUUUCUGGACAAGGCUCGUGCGGCGAUGGACAAGUCCGACCCCAACCGCGAUCCAGAUGAUGUGAAAGACGAAUCUGCUCGGGAGGAAUCGCCGUCUGAUGCUGUUGCCCCUGACGGAAAACCAGCAAUUAUGUGAUGGUGAUUGGAGAGCAAUGAGAAUUUGGUGCUAGGUUUAAAAUAAGGGGCUGUUGAAAUUACGUAGUAUCUUAUAUGUUCCUAAACGGCACUAUGGAUGUGCAACCGAUCCAUUAUAUAAAGGCAUAUUAUGAAAUCUUUGAUAGAAAGCUGAGCGACGUGUCGUUUUCUACCGGUACGCAGACCCUUGUCAAGUGGCCCAAUUGCAUCUUGGCAGUCACUAGAGCUCCCAUCAAUGGAUGGUAGGGUAAACUUAACGAUUAUUUACACUACUACCAAUCUACCAACCAUUGUUAAUUUAACUAGGGAUGGUAGGUGUGCAUGAGAAACCCCCAAUUAUUUAAGAAUUGGUUCCCCCUGUUUAGGUGACCUAUUGCUCUCUCCUCACCUUUGUUUAUUUCUUGAAGUUGCAGUGUGGACCGUGGAGAUGGAGCAUUUCCAAUUUCCAGGUCAUUUCAUGUCCCUUCCUCCAAUCAGUAGCCUUGUUAUGAUAAUCGAUACACUAGAGAUUUUCAUGAUCUAAAACGUGGCAAUGCUUUUGACCA